GGCGGGGCCACCGCAGCUUGGGUCCAAAGCCUGGCUCCGAUUUGCAUGAGAGGCAGUGAAAGUCCAGAGAGAAGGAGAAGAAACAGCUGACUUUGGACUUUGGUCUGAACACGGUGGACUGCGCUCAGCCGGUUACUGCCGCCUGCAGGAGCACACAGUUUUAGGGGGGGACUGUCCUGAAGAGAGGAAAGAGAAGAAAGAAAAUACCAACCAAAAUGCUGGCCACCCAGUACCUGCCCUGCUGCACAGUCAUUCUAUUAGUGCUAUUAGAGCCAACCCAUGCCCAGUAUGAGCACCUUGGCUACCCGCCGGGCUACGCAGACCUAGAGCAGGAACAGUACACCGCCCCACAGCUGACACCAGAAACGCCCAGGAUUCAGCUCCGAUUGGCAGGAGAUAAGAGGAAACACAACGAGGGCCGCGUAGAGGUUUUCUACAAUAACGAAUGGGGAACCGUCUGUGAUGAUGAUUUCACUAUCCACGCCGCUCAGGUGGUGUGCCGGGAGCUGGGCUACCUGGAAGCCAUUUCAUGGUCUCCAUCCUCAAAAUAUGGGAAAGGACAAGGACCCAUCUGGUUCGACAAUCUCCACUGCACUGGCAAAGAAAAGACCUUGGCGCUCUGUCCGUCCAAUGGGAUUGGUGUUUCUGACUGCAAACACAGUGAAGAUGUAGGAGUAGUGUGCAGCGACAAGAGGAUACCAGGAUUUAAAUUUGUCAACACCCUGCCAAACCAUGUACAGAACCUUGAUAUCCAAGUGGAGGAUGUGCAUAUACGACCCAUCCUGUCAUCGUACCGUAAGCGGAUCCCUGUGACAGAGGGCUACGUGGAGGUCAAGGAUGGUGGCAAAUGGAAGCAGAUCUGUAACACUCAGUGGACCCAGUUUAACAGCAGAGUCAUCUGUGGCAUGUUUGGCUUCCCCGGGGAGAAGAAGUACAAUGCCAGAGUCUACAAAAUGUUUGCUCGCAAGAGAAAGCCCACAUACUGGGACUUCUCUGUCAACUGCACUGGCAAUGAAGCCCAUUUGUCUAGCUGUAAACUGGGCCAGGCCACACCACUGAAGUCCAAUGGCACCUGUGCUGAAGGGUUACCUGUGGUGGUGAGCUGCGUACCUGGCAGAGCCUUCGCCCCAACGCCCAUGACGGGAUUCAAGAAGGCCUUCCGACAAGAGCAAGCGUUGGUUCGUCUUCGUGGUGGGGCCAUCAUAGGCGAGGGCCGAGUGGAGGUGUUGAAAAAUGGGGAGUGGGGCACCAUAUGUGACGAUAACUGGAACCUGCUGUCUGCCACUGUGGUGUGUCGAGAGCUGGGCUUUGGUACGGCCAAGGAGGCCCUGUCUGGAGGUCGCCUGGGACAAGGUAUGGGCCCGGUCCAUAUGAAUGAGGUAGAGUGCUCAGGAUUUGAGAAGUCUAUCACAGAGUGCUUCUUCAACAAGGAGGCUCUGGGUUGCAGCCAUGAGGAGGAUGCAGCCGUCAGAUGUAACGUCCCUGCUAUGGGCUUCCAGGAGCAGCUGCGUCUGAGUGGAGGUCGUAACCCCUAUGAGGGCCGUGUGGAGGUGCUGGUGGAGAGAAACGGCUCUCUGGUGUGGGGGACGGUGUGCAGUGAAGGCUGGGGAACCAUGGAGGCCAUGGUGGUCUGCAGACAGCUGGGCCUGGGCUUUGCUAGCAAUGCUUUCCAGGAGUCAUGGUAUUGGCCAGGGGAGGUGAGUGCAGACGCUGUGGUGAUGAGUGGUGUUCGCUGCUCUGGUACUGAGAUGUCUCUGUCCUACUGCCUGCACCACGGAGACCACCUCAGCUGCCCGAAAGGAGGGGGACGCAAUGCCGCAGGAGUCUCCUGCUCUGAGACGGCUCCUGACUUGGUGUUGAACCCUCAGGUGGUGGAGCAGACCACCUACAUGGAGGACAGGCCCAUGUUCAUGCUGCAGUGUGCUUCGGAGGAGAACUGUCUGGCCUCCACCUCCAGCCAGGCUCCGGCUAACUCCUACCGCCGCCUGCUGCGCUUUUCUUCCCAGAUCCACAAUAACGGCCAGUCUGACUUCAGGCCUAAAGCUAGCAGACACUCCUGGGUGUGGCACGAAUGUCAUAGGCAUUAUCACAGCAUGGAGGUGUUUACGCUCUACGACCUGUUUAGCCUUAAUGGAACCAAAGUGGCAGAAGGACACAAAGCAAGUUUCUGCUUGGAGGACUCAGAGUGUGAUGAAGGUAUUGAAAAGAGAUAUGAAUGUGCUAACUUUGGAGACCAGGGUAUCACUGUGGGCUGCUGGGACACCUACAGGCAUGAUAUUGACUGCCAGUGGAUCGACAUAACUGACAUCAAACCUGGAGAUUACAUUUUCCAGAUAAUAACUAAUCCAAACUAUGAGGUGCCUGAGUCAGACUACACCAAUAACAUCCUGAAAUGCAGAUGUCGAUAUGAUGGCCAUCGUGUGUGGAUGUACAGCUGCCAUAAUGGUGGCUCCUUAAGCACAGAAACAGAGCAGACAUUCCCAGGCCUCCUCAACAACCAGGUGACCCACAGGUAAAGACAAAGCAGAGUAGAGGAGUCGACUGGCCGUCCCCUCCAGCAGGGAGACCGUCUGAAGCUCACCAACCAAUACACAGCUCCAUCUGUGGUGGAAUCCUCCUGCUAGCCCUGCCCUGGUCAAACCAUCUUUUUAUGUUCCCUUCAUCCAUGUGGCAGCAACUUUCUUUAAACCUCCACCCCCCUUUUUCUCCCAGUAGAAAGAAUAUUUGAUUUCCCCUCCUGUCCAAACAGAGGCUGUGCAGCCUUAUCAACACCUCCAACCUCCUUAGUUAAGAUGUCAAGAUCAAGAGAACAGCAAAACUCUCUGUGUGCCCUCUUUUUUGAAUGAGUGUUGAAAUAAAUCUGCUGGGAAGUGGCAGGUAUUUUACCCAAGGUGCAGCAUUGGGGAGUGUCAUCAAGAAUGUGUUUUCUUUGAAGUGCAGCACUUUUACAAUGCCCUGCUGCAGUAUUUUUUCUUCAGAGCUCACCCUGGAGAGUUUGGAUGUCUGUGCCAGGUCGCAUGAGGAUUGAGAGGAACCAUCGAUAACAACAGCAGUGGUCUGUGUUUGGAAAUAAAUGCAGUAUUCUUCCACUUUUCAACAGUCUGAUCAAGUGCCUUUUACACACUGAAGUCCGCAUACACUAAGGUUAUGUUACACAGGCAAAAUGAACAUUUCUUUUUACAGUUAGUUAAACUGAAGGCACAAUUUUACAUCUUCACUGAGGGGUUUAUGCAAAUUAAGCUGCGGCACAAGCAAGUCCUCAUAAAGCAAACAGCCUGUUCAUCACCAAUUACAAGUGCUACUUGCCUGGUCCAGCUCUAAGACUAAUCUACCAAGGCUGAACUGUUACAAACUAAAGUGCCUUAAAGUGUCCCAAAGCUUUUUUUUAAAAUAACUGGGGCAUCUAUUCUCUGAUUUUUUCUGCAAACUACAUUAACAAGACUAGAGUUUUUGCAUAAAGUCUGAAGAUCGCAUUUCAAAGAGCAGAUGCAUUUGGGGGAGGUGGUUUUGCCAAGUGAGUUGGGAGAAGUCUCAAUUCAUCCAAGAAUAAAAUUAUGUAAGCAAAAAGGUUUAAUUUUUUACAAGCACUAUCUGCUAGCCUUUCAGUUAUUGUAAACAGUCAGUGAAAACCAAAAAUAUUCUGAUUCUGAUUUGGGUAAUUUUGUGUACUCCUCCCAUCGGUCACUUGGGGGAAGAUUAGCUUCCAGACAUUGUCUUGUUAUUCUGAUAUGUUCAUAACUCUGUCCUCUUUACAAUACUGUAUGUAGUAAUAUUUUGUUUUUAAAGCUAAUAUGGGACCUCGUUUCUUUUCUCCUUGUUCAGUGCCGUUAUUAUAUGUCCAUAUCAUUACACCUACUAUCUUAAGAGCAAGAGCAACUUAACAUCCCAUAAAAAUCUUGUUUUUGCUUACCUCCAGCGGUUUAACAUCUUGCUGCAGUGAUGUAGAAGUGUACUCCAGGGUGUGUCAGUACACCAUGGAAUCACUGUCGGGUGUGGUUACUGGUGCAACAGAGCCAGGGAUGUAUUAUAGGAACUAGAUACUGGGCUCAAAGAUGGCACCCAUUCACUUGAAUGAAAACUGCUCACCUGGUGCAUGAACCAGAAAAGUUUUCUAUCUUCCAGGUUUGGUUCUGUGUUGUGCGGCCCACUGCACAUGCACAUAAGUGUUUUCCCUGCUGGUCCCGCCUGCGUGUUCCUGCCCAGCCCAAAGACUUUACACUGUGGUGACAUAACACAAAUAAAACUCACUUUUCUAGGCUCUGGCAAAGUUGUACAAAUAUAGAACCUCCAUGGAUUAAGAAAUCAUAGUAGAAAGAGUAGAAACCAACCUUCUUUGCAGUUUGAGGUAUCUUGUCAGUAGUUUCAUAGACGUCUCUUUUAUAAUGGUGCUCUAUGGGGGAAAAUGGUUUUUGGGCCGCGGGGGAUUUUUUUGUCAGCAAAGGCCAUAAAAAAAUUGUCAGCAAAACUGAGUGGAGACACCAUAUCAGAGUCAUUAUAAGAGAGAGACAAACAUCUUUUGAAUAGAAAAGUCCAUAAUGCCAAAGAUGGCGGUUGUAUGACACUUAUCACACACCUUCCUCCCAAAAGCCAAUCAUCUGUUUUAUAACAGCUGAACGGGAAACAUAUCAAGCCAAUCAUGUUGUUCCACUUAUGCAAGCAAAACCUGCAAAUGUGUAGUACAAGCUGUGGGGAAAAAAGCGGUUUAAACCUUAUUUUGGGUCAAACUCACCAAUUUUUUAACAGAUUUGAGUGGUGAUUCUAUACAUGCAGUUUUUAUGUUCAGGUGACCACUGAAAGUGCAGUUAUGGUUCCUUCCCCCUUUCAUUUAGAUAAGGGCCUGGUCUUGUUAUUACCUGAAAUAACUACCUGAGGCAUUGCCAAGAUGGCUGCCAUGUGGCAAAAAUUACCUAUAAGGACUUUGCCGUAUCCAUUUUGUUAAAACAUCCAAGGACUGAAGACACUUCUGACCUCACCCAACCAGACAUUAAACAGACUUGAAACUUCCAACCACAGAGGAUACUGAAACACUGCGUUUCGACCUGGUAUUAAGUUUUGUUUCUUUGAAACAAUCUCCCCUGCCUUUGAAAAAAAUCUUUCACAUGGCCCAGAUGAGGCCGGGGUACACAAAAACCCCAUUGCCAGCUUGCUAAAGACUGGGAAAAAUUACUCUCUUAAAUGACUUAUUUCAAGGAUUCCUCAAGCUGUCCCAUAUCGGGUUUU